AUGCAGGAGUACUUCGACAACGAAGUGGCCGACAAGGAGGCCAAGGAGCGGUUCAGCUGCCAGAUCUGCCUCGAGGAGUGCCGCCUGGAAGAUGGCGUCUCGCUAGAUUGCAGCCACCUGGCGUGCCGCGAGUGCUUUUCCGGCUACCUGGAGGUAAAGGUCCGCGAGAAGUGUGUCUCGGAGCAGGAGAUGGUGUGUCCUAUGCCCAAGUGCGGGUGUCCCGUGAGCGAGUUCCAGGUCAUGGGUGUCCUGGAUGGCACACCUCUCUGGCAGCGCUUCCUCUCAACCCGCGCGGAACUUUACAGGCCAGAGGGCGCCGAUGAGCGGAAGUGCCUGUGCCCUUGCGGAGAGGUCAUCAUUGUGCUGACAGCGGCAGACCAGGGCUUCGUGAAAUGCCCCUCCUGCAAGGAGAAGGAC